GCUUCUUUAUGGCGGCAGUGGGAAACUGACAUGAAAGCGGGGAGAGGGGCAGCAUGAAGAGUCGGAAAGUGAAGAGUGUCCGGCCGGGGAGAGGGCGUAGUAAAGGGCUCACAGAUGUUACUCCAUCCAGCAGUCUCCCUCCGCUUGUAGAAGGCCAGGUCCGCAGUUUCUUGCAGGUGACAGUUAGUAAAAUCCUUUGGACCGUCCCCAAGCCUCCACCCUCGGUAUUGGUGAGACUGCGCUGGUGGGGAGAGACAGCCAAUGGCACUGUUUUUCGACCUCGCGACUCUUCACAGACUGAGCAAAAAGGAGCAAAGACAACAACCCUCUACGCUGUUCGAUGCGGCCCAAAGCAGUUCACCUCCUACCUGACAGACAUGGGCAUGCUUGUGUUUGAAGUCAUGACAAAGCUGGAUCACUUUCCCAUUGGCCGUGCCCAGAUCAGCGGCAUCGCACAGCUCUCUUUGGCGCAUCCAGUCAGCGGAUUCUUCACAAUUGUUUCCCCAACGUCCGAGAAACUUGGGGAACUGCAGGUGUCCGUACAACUGGAACCCCUGCCUGAGACCUAUGACAGCAGCAGCUCUGCCCCCAACACAGAUAUUAGUUUUGACCAUGCAUCAGAAUCCUACGGAAAAGCUCUGACAGGCCACCCCACCACUAUGAAUGAUCCGCCACAGCCAAUCAUAUUGUCCCUGGCCUCAGCAGACAAGAGGGAGUCUGAGAGCAGCAGCAGGGUCACUACACCCAGGGGCAGAGAUCAUUUAUACUUCCAAGAAAAUGCAGACCCUGGCAAAAACUCCUACAGAGGGACUCAAGAUCAUGUGACUGUAGGGUGGAGUAAUGUAACUGAGGGGGUUCAGUCCAUCAAACCAAUCUAUUCAGAAGGAACUACUGCAGGGAAGGAUGCAUUAACAGUUAACUCUGGGCCUGCAACCAAAGACUUACUGUCAGCGCUGCUGGAUCAAGGAAGCAAGCUGAGGGACGCCAUGGUUGUUUCUGCUCUGAAAUCCAGCGCUGACCUAGACCAUAACCCAGAUAUCAAGCUGCCACUUGCACUCAAUAAUUACAGCUUAUCACAAGCCAGGGCCACUUCUGAGAUCCCAUCUCCCACAUUAAUGCGGAAUCUGCUGAACAGUCGCCACUCUCCUCAGACUAGGGAUAUUCUGCUUCAGCCUGCAGACAGUUUCAUUCCUGAUAUGGAGGCACCCAGUGAUGCCAAAGCAAUAGAGCUACUCCUGGGCAGUUCUGUUUUAUCACCUGGACAUUACUGGGAUGGAACAGGUUCGCCCCCAGAAUCCAUAUCUGGAAGUGAUUUCUACAAUGAGAGUGAAUUAAAUGAUCCGCUAUAUGACCAGAGCCUGCUGGAGAAACUUUUCUAUAAAGCACCUAAAUCGGACAGCAGUGCCAGCGAUUUCAUGAGCGAUGAUGAAAAUACCAGAUCACAAAAUAAAAAAAACAAAAUUGCCCUGGAUCGAGGGCGCCAUCGGGACAACUCACCAAGUGAAUAUAAAGAAGAUGCCAAACAAACGAAAGGGAAUGAUUCAUUACGGGAUUCUAAAACAUCAGAAAAAUCUACUUCAAAAUGUGAAGGCAUCAAUCUAAGUAUGGACCAGGCGGCGCUGUUGGGUCAGAUACAUGUUGCACAUGUUGUGGUGGAGUCUUUGAGGGUUCCUCUGGACGGUACUGCAGUGACACCAAGCAAGACAAACAGCCGGGGAAGACCCCCGCGGCCAGUGCGCCCUGCCAAACAGACAUUUUUUGUGGAGUUUCAAUUCCCAGUGUCGUCCAAGUCCAGAUCAGGAGAAGUCAACUCAGCAACUGAGAUAACGCGAUUGGUUUCAAGCAAGGUUGUUAAUGGAUCGAUAAAGUUCCAGCAGCGCUUUACAUUCCCCGUCCUGUUUAGCGGACAGAUGAUCAAGCACUGGUGGAACACGGACCUGACUUUCAGGAUCUUUCUGCGUAAAGGGACUCAAAACAAGCCUGGCCCAGUCGGCUCUGCCACUCUCCCCCUCCGUGACGUGCUUCAGUCCCCUGGCCUUUCUGUAACUUGCAGCCUGCCAGUGAGCUGCACGGCAGAAGACAGCCACACAGCAGCUGGGCCAUUAAAGAUCUCUGUGGCACUUGCAGGUGAUAAUAAAAAUAUCCAUGAUAUUUCUGAGAAGACUUUGGAGCCUGAAAAUCAGGCACCGGUAUUGCCGGCGGUCACUAGCAAAGCAGAGCUGGAAAAUUCUGCAUCGUACACAGACCUGAGACCUGUAGCCGAAAAAUCAUCACCACUCCGACAGAGUCUUCCCCCUCAUAUUGGAAAUGAUGGGCCCAAAGUGUCAUUCUCCCAGAACCCACAGCAGACAGCAGAGGAGGAUGGUUUAUUACUACAUAUCGUGCUAAUGGUGCCUGAAGGGAAAGGUUUAGUAGCAGCUGGUGGCGACUCCUCAGGGAUAUGCAACUCCUAUUUGAAUUGCAAGCUCUUCUCUGCCCAGGAAGCUACCAGGUCUUCUGUAGUGUGGGGAAGCACACAGCCCCAAUAUAACUUCUCCCAGGUGGCCCCUCUUACACUGAACGCCCGACUACUAGAGAGAAUGAAGAACAAUGUGAUGAUUAUUGAGAUCUGGAAUCGAGUGGCCAGUCCAGGUCAGGACCAGCUGCUGGGAUUGGCCAAGCUCCCACUUCACCAGUUCUACAUGUCAUUCAGUGACCCAAAGAUUACCCGGCUCCUGCUGCAAGCACAGUACCCCGUAGUGGCUGUAGACAGCUAUGUUCCAAUCAUCGACGUGUUCAGCGGGUGUGACAGAGGCAAACUCAAAGUCUUACUGGCCAUUGGGUCAGGGGAUCAAGUGGUGGCUCUUCAGAGAUUAAAAAAUGAAGAAGGGACAAGUCAAACUGCAAUGCCAAGACCUGCACAUUUCCUAGAUCCACCAUUGUCUUCCUCACAGAUGGGAAGACCACAGGAAGGUAUGACCGAUCACAUUUUUGAGAUCCACGUGGAGAAUGUGAAAGGCCUGACUCCUCUGCAGAGCACUGUAUGGGGAGAGGCUGACUGCUUUGUACAGUAUUACUUCCCUGCGCAUGGUCCCGAUUCCCACACAGCGAUAGACCUGCCAGAGAUUGCCAUGACCCUAAAGCCUGUCCGUACAGCAACCACACUGUGUGUGCCUGAUCCAGUGUUUAAUGACAGACAGAGCCACAUCAUUGUGGCACAGUCAGAUACCCCGGUGCAGAGGCUGCUGCUUGGUGCUUACUCCAUGCAGGGGCUCUCGGGCGGAGGAGGGGUUCCAUUUGAAAUCUGGUGCAGGUACUAUUACCCCAAUGUUAGAGACCAGAUGGUUGCUAAGGGGGUUCUGCCUUUGUCCCGCCUGUGUGCCAUGGUGACCAUGCAGCAUCGAGAGGAUGUGGGAAUUCAAGCAUUCAGUCUGCCCCUUAUACCCAGGAGUGAGAAGUCUGCAGAACUCCCCCCACAGCCUUCAGGCUUAUUAAAUGUGAAUGUGACCUACAGACGCUCAAUGAGGAACCCAGUGGGAAUGUUGGCUACUCGUAUGGCAUCCAUUUCUGUAGAAAUACACCGAGCUUCAGGUUUGCAGGCUGCUGCCCGAUUGGUGGCACAGCAGGAUGCCUCAUUUCAGUACAGCGCAGACGUUGGGGUGAAUGCCUACGUCACUAUACACCCAGCUUUCCUGCCUGAUGUGGAGCUGCGGAACACUCGCACUGUUGCCCGGACCUUCUGCCCAGAGUUUGACCAUCACUACGAGUUCCCCUGUAACAUGGUCAUUCAACGUAACAAUGGGGAGGCCUGCAGCCUUGCAGAGGUCCUGUACUUCUCUGAGAUUGUCCUUUCCAUCCAUCACCAGAAUGUUGCUUCAGUUGGCUCUACGAGACCCCAGCCAGUUCGGGACUAUCAUCUGGGAAUGGUGAGGAUCCCCUGCAGGCAGCUCAUCACAAAGAGAUCAGGUGUAAGUGGCUGGUACCCCGUUACAGUUCCAGAGGACUCCAAGCUUCCCACAGAUUCAACCAUCUUGCACUCCGUUGUAGGAGGCCUGGAGCUGUCGGUACACUUUGCACAUCACUCGGACAGAGAUCGUGUUUUAGAGGUAGCACGGGGCCUCGGGUGGAACGAGUAUAAUGAGGAUUUUCAGGAAGCAAUUGCAACUGAAGCGGACGAAUGGCAUAAAAGGGAAGAUCUGGUUAAUCUAUCCGUUAAUAUUCCCAAAAUAUGGCUUCCUCUGCACUGCCUGCUCCUGGCGGGACACAAGCAUAUCCACAAAAGCACUUACUGCUACCUGCGCUACAAGUUCUAUGAUAGAGAAGCAGUGUGCUCCCCCCUCAGAAGGCCCAGGUUGUCCGAGGAUGGGCAGCAGGCCACCGUUAUGUUUGAGCUGAGCGAAAACCGAGAACUAAUCAAACACCAGCCGCUUGUGUGGUACCUGAGGGAGGAGAGAAUGGAGAUUCAGGUGUGGCGCUCCUAUGGGAAGGACACAAACGGGCCCAGACCCCAGGAUACAGACAGACUCAUUGGAUGUGCAUAUGUGGAUCUUAAAGCACUUUCAGAAAAUACCUCCAGGACUCUCGCAGUCAGUGGAGUUUACCCUCUGUUUAAGCGCAACGUCUCCAGUCUGUGGGGAGCGGCAGUUCGGGUGCAUCUUGCUCUUAGCUCGGCUUAUCACCCAUCUAACUCUAGCCGAAGGCUGAGCUGUGCUGGGGAGAGAAGCCAGAGUGAAGGAGAGGAGUGGGCUCCUACCUCUGGGGACAGCUUUGAGGAGAAACAAGAUGAUUCCGCCAAAAAUGACAAACCUGAGGCAAAGACUGAAGUGCCCUUAUUGGAUGCAAAGGAACAGCCCGUGGGUGAAGUUGAUUUAAAGAAUACCUUUGCUGCUAGCAUUGUGGUUGAACGAGCAAUGCAUCUCAGCUUGAAAGGGACCCCUCUGACUGAGCGAGCAGCGGCCACUCCGACUUGUUGUGUUUCUUACCCUGUGGCCGGCUGUAGUGAGCCAGUAACUACCCCAGUCAUAGCAAAUACAGACUCCCCAUUAUGGAACUUCCAGCACCAAGCAAGACUCCAUAAAGAACUGCUCUUGGACCCACAGCAAAGAUUAGUUUUCAAAGUCUGGCAUAAAACAGAUGUCGAGAGAGUUGUGGGUUUCGCCUCUGUGGAUCUCUCACCACUCCUUUCUGGCUUCCAGUCAAUCUGUGGUUGGUACAACAUUGUGGAUUUUGUUGGGCAGUGCCAAGGCCAGGUUAAAGUUUCCAUCACCCCGCUGGAAGGGGUGGCACAUCUUAAAACAAAGGUCACAUCGCAAAGAUCCUCUUCCUACCAAUCCAGGCCAGCUUUCUGCAGCUCCUUCAGUUACAAUCCCAGCCAAUCAGAGGUGCCGGCCUUUAUACCCCAUAUCCCUACAUUGCAUCAUCAACUGUCUGACAGGGAAAACUCUGGCCCUUUGUUUCCAUUCCUCCGGCACGAGGAACACAUGGAGAACGUGCGUCGGUUUCACGAGUCCCUGCAGCAAGCGGAGCGAAACGCGCACACAGUGGAAGGUCUGGAUUCUCUCUCCCAGUCUUCCCGCUCCUCCCUUCUGUCAGCUCUCAGGAAAAAUCUGGGUGAGCUUGACGAAAUCCAAAAAUACUUUAACCAGAAGCUCUACAGGUCCAUUUCCAACGCCGAAACCUCUAGAUGUGCAUCCGUGCAGAUCCCACAAGUCCAGCCUCCGAAUUCUGAGCCAGCGGAGGAGGAUUCAGACGCGAAGAUGCUUCUGCAAAAGUCUAGUUUUCUGGUCUCACAAGUCAGCAACCUUAUUACAGGUCUCCAGGGAAUCCCUAAAUUUGCACCGGCUUUUUCCAGCACAGAGCAGAGGCUGGAUGUACAAGGGCAAACCAGUGUUCAGCACCAGCAGGUCGACAAUAUGGAACCGAUGGCUCCAGAGAGAUCUGAAGCUUAUGAAAGGGAGGGCCAGCGCAGUGACACACCCCCAUUUUCCCCAUUAGGGUCCCUUAAUGUUAGUGGGGAAAAGCUGAUGGAGUUUAUAGGAACAGACAUGGAUGAGAAAGAAAGGCACCUAUUUGCAGAGAAACAUCAAGAAGAGCAGGAUAAACACAUAAUCCAUGGAAGUAGUGAUGAAGAAUAUGAGGAAGAUGUGAUAGAACCAAGGACUCUCAAUGAAAUAACCACCAUGACGGACAGAACCAGUCCCUGGUCCAGUAUUUUGUCCGAAAGGGAUUCAGAUUCUAUGGAUCAUCCCCAAGACCAGCCAGUGAAUCCUUUGGCUGCGGAGAACAACCGUGUAAUAACGGAUUUCUUCUCAUCCUUCCAUCAGAAUGACCCAAGUAGUGUCCUCAACUCUGCUAGAUCCACGGACUCUGAGGUACUAGCUGAAGGGUCCAGGGUCCGAAAGAUCAGUAGUAGCUCCGGUAGCGAGGCAGAGACAGUCGGGGUACAAUUGUCUGUAGAUCCAGCAGAGCAAGGAGCAUUGGGAGAGGCAGAAUCUGAGGCAGAGAGUCAGGAGAUGGACGGAGACCCAGAAGCUAAUAGAACAGAGGAAGAACAACAAGAUCCAGUGACAGUAUUUUCUGCACUGUCCUCUGGUUCUGAUGAGUCGGAACACAUCACAUAUGGUGCCAGCGAACCGGACUGUUCUCCACCACAGGAUGAACCCGAAACAGAUUAUCCAUGUUCUGAGCCUUUAGAGGGAAACAUGCAUCAUAUUGAUGAGGAGGAGCAGCCUGCUGGGUCUGAGAGUCCCCAAGUGCCACCCAGUAACCUUUUGUCUGAUCCUGUUAUUGUUCCAAAUUUCUUCCUCCCUCCCCAGCACUUAGAAGCUUCCAUGAGGCAUUUGAGUUUGUCUGCUGUGAGAGAGGGCCGCAGCGACACCCCAGGGAUUCCCUUUCGCCGGAGCAAGCGCCAGAAGCCCAGGUUGGCCCCCGCUGACCUGCCCAAGGAAGAGACCAAUCGCAUCGCCAGAAUCUUUGCUGCACAGUUUCCUGGGCCCCCCACCCCCCCCUGAGUAACCCCAGCACUGGCCUUGGGGCCCCGGGGCCACAUCCUAUUGGACUGAACAUGAUGACCAUGAGUUUAUUGGCCCCUGUGCCCCCCCAUGUGCAGCACCCUAGGGCCCCAGCUUGGGUGGGUGCCAGUGAAACCCCCUGUAAAAUAGAAUGUUUUAUAACUAAA